AUGCAUCGCCGGCCCUUCAUCCCAGCGAGCAACUCGCGGCAUCGCAUCGCCGCGCUGUCCCUCUACCGUGCUCUCCUACGGUCCGCAGGCAAGAUAGACGUGCCGACGGACGCGCAGAACCCCACCCCAGGGGCCGCCAUGGCCCGCGCCGUCAGGAAGGCGUUCGUCAAGAACCGGGCGUACACGAGCUCCAGACUGGUGUAUGCUUCCAUGGUGGCAGGAUACAAGUUCCUAACGCUCUUCUCCAAGGCGCAAAGGCCAGGGAGCCCAGAACACGCCGAGCUCACGGCCCAUCUGCGCGCUCGUGGCCGGAUCCAUCCCCCUGCCUCGCGGGCCGAGCCGAGUCGGCCUGCCCUGCGGCCCCGCGAACCGUUCCUCAAGAGGGUGGCCGUGCUUGAUGACGGGCACCCGGUCUAUGAGCCGACGUACGUCCCGCACAGUUUCAAGUACCGCAUCCCGUACGUCUCGACUACAGCAGAGGGCCAGCCCUUCCUGCGCCUGAAAAAGCCCCAGCCAAAAGGACUCUCUAGGAUGGUUGGUCGAAAGGGGCGGAUAUUCACCGACAAGGUACGCAAGCUGGUCGGGGUGGACGAGAAACUGGGCUGGGAUGCGGCGCAGGAAGACUCGUGGGACCGACUGAUGGCGCAGCAGAUGAGAGACGAGGGGGUCCCAGGGGAAGAAACUGAGCGGCUUGCUGCAAACGACGGUGGGCAGCAGGCCUACGAGGACUCCUUUGCGUGGAGCGUCCAGCUGACGAGGCUGUGGUGGGAGUGGCAGGUUGAGCUGAUGUGGAGGGAUUGGAACGCGCGUGGCGAGGCGCUGAACCAGUUGGUUGAGGAGCAGAGGGCGCAGAUGAGAGGACGGGACGGUGAUGCGGACUCCAGGUCCGUUCAGGAACGCCGUCUGGAGGAUGGAAACGUGCCCGAGGCCUCGCGGCCCCUGCAGAAGCCAAACGUCGGCGUUUUCCCAGGUCCCCCCUACGCCCUGACGGCGUCGUCGAUUUCCUCCGUCCUCUCCAAGCAAAUGGCUCGUCAACAGGCGGAUAGCCCAGAGAGCCAUGUCGACCCGUUUACGGGACCUGCGUGGAAUGCGCUGGUGCAUGCCCAGCACCGGCGGCUGUUGAAAUGGGCCGGUCAGGGGGCUACGGGCAAGGGAUAG